AUGAAUGACGCAUCAGCCAACGUGAAGACCGAAGAUGCAGUGUCCGGCACUGUCGCGGAACCUUUGAGCUCUGAAGCAUCGGCUCUCAAUUGGGACUCUGAGUUACAGCUGGUAUCAUCACUAGCCAAACUUCAAGAACUUGAACGCAAGAUACAUGAGCUGCGUGGGCUCGUGCCGAGGGAAGCAUUGGAUCCGCUAGGCGCUCCCUCAAGUUCCAAUGGGCCAGUCGCGCGACCUGGAGAUUCUCCAGCGGAUGUGCGUGACUCCUGGAAUGAUGCCGCUCGCGCCAAGCUGGAGACUGUUCAAAGCUUCCUGUCCGCGUGGCAAAGCCCAGAGAUGAAAGCUGUGUGGGCGCAUGUCGAGUCGCGUAUCAAGCAGUCCAAUGGCCAAUUACUGCAACCUACCGGCAUGUGGGAAGAAGAUUACGAGGUCUUACUGGAGGAUCUCUUGCGAACGGAAAAGAGUAAAGAGCAAGAGCGCCAAGGCGAGGAAGAAGCAGCUGAACGGCUCAAGUCGCAGGCUUCUGACGGGGGUUGGCAGGGUGUUGUUGAACGAUUCCAACAGAGAAAUCCAACCAGUAUCAAGAUCGCCAUCAAGUCCACCGCGACGCCAUUGCUGGUGAUUGUGCUGAUGAAAGCUGGAAUGGCUUUCAAGAUUGAGGCCGUCCGGCAAGAUGGUGUCGAGGGGAUUGUCGAGUGGAAUGUCUCCAAACAGCCAUUACCUGGGAGAGCGCCGACCAAGAUUGAGGACUCCAUCGUUCAAUGUGUGAAUGCACGACCACGGAAGUGGGAUCUCGCCUUCGUCAUUGACAUGAUAUCAUCGUACUCGGACAUGAAGCAGACCGUGUGCGUCAAAUGCAACAAGCUUACCGACAGCUCUGCACAGCUGCCAGUCAUUCGCCGUGCGCAAGCGAUUCCAUCUGCCCAGCAGGAGCCACAGGGACUUGUGUUUGAUGCUUUACACGCCAGUUGCGCUUGA